AUGGCUUCCGAUUCGGAGGCACCGAAACAGGAGCCUGCGUCCACAGCCCUUCUAUCUUCAAUUCCUCAAAAACGUGCCCUGGAUGAAGUGCACAGCCCUGCGCGACCAUCACCCUUGAAUCCCGAAGUUAAAUUCGCAGAGCUUCCCUCGCAGACAGACGAUGAUGGACAGGCAUCUCGCUCGAAGCCGGGUAGAUUAAAGAAGGAUACUCUUAAGAAACGAGAAGCAAAGGGCGAUAGCAUUCCCCCGACCUCUGACCACAGGGUCACCGAAGAAGAAGCCGAACAGAGCGAGUCAAGCCCGCUCCGUUACAAGCUUGCGCCACCGAAACCCUCCGACUUCGACCUUCCGAGAGGGCCUGUCUUAACGCCACAUCAUGAGGCCAUUAUGUGCGGGGGUGAUGCCAUAGAAUUCUUUGAGACCUCCGAUCACGUUGCCAAUAAGAAGAACUUCCGAUAUACACACUGCAUAGCGGACCCGCGAUUCCCUUCGAUGAUCUACUAUCGCCAGACUGAGCCGGAGCCAUUCGGGCCUCGGUUCAGCUUUGAGGAUGCCGCAUCGCAUGUCUUCUUUGACAAAUCCGCGCGGACAGUCACUACCGACAGGGGCUUCCGCAUGGCACGCGCUAAUGUCGCAGUGCGCGAGGGUAGGUGGUAUUGGGAGUGCAAAAUCACACAAGGAGUUCGUCCGCCUCCACCAGGGGAGACGAAACCGGAGGGGGGCAAGCAUGUUCGCAUGGGAUGGGCGAGACGUGAAGCAUCAUUGGAUGCGCCUGUUGGGUUUGACGCCUACAGUUACGGCAUUCGGGAUGUGGCAGGAGAAAAAGUCCACAUGUCACGUCCAAAGGAAUUCUUCCCAGCCGGUGAAGGCAUUCGUGAAGGCGAUGUCAUCGGCUUAGAAAUUCAGCUGCCCUCCGAGCGCUUACAACGCAAAAUCAUGGCCGGCCAAUACCACCCUGCCGUCGACACCGCUGACGAACCUCCACCUCCGACAGCCGAAGGAGCAAAUAUUGUCCGCGAUCGCGUGCCCAUUCGCUUCAAGGCACACACUUACUUUGAGAAGAUCGAGUAUCACACUACGCGCGAGCUAGAGGACCUUAUGAAUCCCUCCCCAUCCACCGCCGCCAGUGCCAACUCGCACCCACCCCAUCCGACACAUUCGACGCCCGCUCUCCGAACACUUCCCAAUUCUUACAUUAAAGUGUACAAGAACGGCGUCCUCAUGGGAACACCAUUCGAGAACCUACUAGGUUUUCUACCCCCGGCUUCGCGGCCCAUGCCGCAGGUCGGUGCUCGGGAUGGCCUCGACGACGGCAUGCUGGGGUACUACCCGGCCAUUAGCGUAUUCCGGGGUGGUGCGGCAGAGGUCAACUUUGGGCCAAACUUUUGGUAUCCACCGCCCAAUAUUGAUGCUGCGCAAACAGAGCCGGAACGCAAGCGGCUGCGAGCAGUAUCGGAUAGAUACAAGGAGCAGAUAGCAGAGGAUGUUGUGUACGAUAUUAUUGACGAGGUGGAUUUCUGGAUGCAAGAUGGGGGUCGCGACUCCGCCUCAGAGGGGGCAAAUGUAAAGACGGCGGCAGUGGACUUGGGGCCUGGCCACGAGGAAAUCAAAGAACUGGUCGAGGAGGACUGA